UCAGGUAUUACUUCCGACUUGCACAUAAAAUGUGAAAACAGUGAAAUUUUCUUAUUUUUCGAGCAAUAAACAUAAUGUUGCAGUAAUAACAACAUUACAACUGACAAUAAAAUAAAAUGUCUAGUAGAGCAUUGAGAAAACUUCAGGGUGAUGACUUGGCUGCCUUAGAACUACCAGAAACUCUUUCUGAUGAGGAGCCAGAUGUGCAGCCUAUUAGUGCCAAGAAAAACAAGAAGAAAAAGAAACCAGCAGUUGAAAAUCUAUUUGAAUUGCUGAAUGAAGAUGAAGACAAUUUGCCAGAUAACGAUGGUAAUCAAUCGGAGGAAAUAGAAACCCAGCCAGAAACUCAAACUGCUGCCAACCAGACAAGUAAACAAAAGAAAAAGAAGAAGAAGAAAAGGAAAGGAAAAGAGAAAGAGGUUACUGAGAAUGCUGAUGACAUAGCAAAAGAUGGUGAAGAUGAAAUUGAUGCAAGUAUACGAGAAGUUAACAGAAUUUUAAAUAAUGGGAAUAUAGGAGAAGGGGAGUUAACUGCUGCCUCAGACACCACUUAUAUAUCAAACAAUAAAGCACUGCUGAUGGUAGAACACAA